AUGAAACACAUAACAGCAGUUCAAGAGAAGGAACAGUCCGGCUCUGUCUGCCUGGAUGUCAUCAACCAGACCUGGUCUCCGAUGUUCGAUAUGAUCAAUAUUUUCGAGGUCUUUUUGCCCCAGCUUCUACGUUAUCCCAACCCUGCGGAUCCUCUGAACGGCGAGGCGGCGGCACUGCUCAUGAGAGAACCAAAGAGCUACGAUGCAAAAGUCAAGGAAUAUGUGACAAAAUACGCCAGCAAGGACGCUGUUGAUGAGGCCGGCGCCGAGAGCGAGGACGACGACGACAUGUCUUCCGUGGCCAGUUUCGGGGAUGAGGAAGAAGAGCCGCUCGGUCAGAUGGACGAUGUAUGA